UCUUAGUUGUCUCUUCCUCGCUCAAGUACUAGCUGCUACAAAUUAACUUCUCCUUUCAGCUUCUUUAACAUUCCCUUUCUUUAGUUAUGGCAGAAACCCUACCCUUAUACAAACAUGCUGUAUUACUUCUUGCUCUCAUUUUCUGCCUUCAAAUACUGUAUAUUGAAGGAAGGCCAAUUAGGUCAAUGCGUAAGCAGCUGGAAGCUUUUCAAAAGGAAUUAGCCAAGCGUGGUGUUAGUAACACUAUCAACUUGCACCAAAGCAAACUAGCUGGACAAGAUCAUCAAGAACAAACGCACACUGGCUUUAGUGACUUUGCUGCAGCAUCCGUGGAUGCUUUCCGGCCAACACCUCCCGGUAAUAGCCCCGGUGUUGGCCAUCCUAAGGCAGUAGUUACUAGCUCCAGCACUACUGAUCAGCAUUCUUUAACAGGACUCAGACAUGAUUAUAGUAACUUGCAUAAGUCAAGUCACAAUAUUCCUGGUAAUGUUCAACAAUCUAUGUCAGGAAAAGAAGAAACAUCCCCAACUAGCUUGGAUGUUUUUGCUGCAGCAUCCACGGACGAUUUCAGGCCAACAUCUCCCGGUUAUAGCCCCGGUGUAGGCCAUCCUAAGGCAGUGGUUACUAGCUCCAGCACUGCUGAUCAACAUUCUUUUACAGGGGUGAAAGAUGAUUACAAUAAUGUACACAAGUCAAAUCAUAUUGGUGUUGCUGAUAAUGUUAAGAAACCUGUGUCAGGAAAAGGAGAAAUGUUACCAACAGUAACCACAACUAGCUUUGAUGCUUCUGCUGCAUCAACCAAAGAUGAUUUUAGGCCAACAGCUCCUGGUUUUAGCCCUGGUGUUGGGCAUCCUAAGAAAGUAGUUACUAGCUCCAGCACUAAACAUUCUAUUACAGGAUUUAAAGAUGAUUAUCGACCCACACAACCUGGUCACAGUCCUGGAGUUGGUCAUUCUUAUCAGAAAAACAAUGCAGGACAAGAUCCAUAGACAUGCAUUAUAUGCCCAUUUAUUAGCUGGGAUUUUCUCAGUUAGUAGUGCAGUACAAGUUCAUUUACGUAUAAAAUUAUGUAAAUUCUUCCCAGCCAAAAAAAAAAAAAAGAAAAAGAAAAAAGAGUAGUCGUAGAUAUAAAUGAUUCUUUCCAUCUUGGUAUAUGUAUAUAAAUAUAUAUAUCAAGGUUGUGAAGUAUCAUAUAGAUUGAAUUAUUAUUGUU